AUGUCGCUGUCGCAGACACCGCUAGAAUGGAGCGUGGUUGGAUUCUACUCCAGCACCAGAAACACCAACUCGGAGCUGACGGUUAUUUGCAAUGGCAAACGCUUUGUCCUGCGUUUGGUCGCCGACAACUUGUCCGAAUCACCCAAGCUGAAAGAGCGUUACCUCUUCUUCCUGCGAGUCGCUGAAGAAUUUGAGCUGGAUGGUUUCACUGUCGAAGACCUCUGGGACUGGGCUGCUGAGCCGCUGUUCCCCUUUUCUGGGAAUUACCCCUCCAGACAAGACGCAUCAAUCGACCCUCGACGACUUUUUCAACCCCGAAACUUUUGUCUAUACCUUGCGAGCAGUCUCCGAUAA